AUGAGGAUGCUGUUGGGACAGCCUCGAUGGUGUAGCGCGUCUGGAAUGAUAAGAAAUAACAAUCAGUUAUGUAUGGAUCCCAGGUCUGAAAUAAAGAAUUUAACUUGCAAUCUGUUACUUAAUAUCAAUGAUCCAAAAGAGGGACAGAAAACCGGCGUGAAACAACCACAGCGAUGUUGUGUUUCACCGUCAACGCCGACGGCCGUGAAGCCACGGCGUGUCGGUCUGAAGACCUCGCAGCAGCAUGCGGCAGUCACAAAGCUUGCACUGACAUCGGACCGCGGUACAGCAACCCUAAAGGGGAACAGUGACACGCGUCCGGCCAGCAGUCACACAGGUUGUACAGUGUACACGGGCGCGCAGUGCGCUAUAUCGGGCAGGUUCGCAUGCUUGCUGUACCGCAGUCCGGCUGGUGUCAGCCUAUGCUUGCCUGAAAAUAAAUCGUUGUUAGCAAAAUGUAAAAAGAAGGGGCGCCGCGCGGCCGCGUCGCGUCACCCGUGA